UGUAUAGUCUGCCAGUCCAGUAUACGUGUGCAAUUCAACCGGUGUAGAUUGAAGUAGAGUUGCCUUUUCGUUUGAAUGGAAAUUUUGUUUUAGGGGAACUGUUUUUUAAGUGUUUCUGAGUGGUAUCCAACAGUUAUUAGAACAAACGUAAUUUAUUAAAGCUGGAACAAGCAAGAUAACCAUAUUUCAAAACAGCAUGUAACUUCUUCGGUCAAUUUUGAACGAUCGACACGCAGCAGCUCCAACGGUUUUUGAUCUUCUGCUGCCCCUUUCCACAGCGAUUGCCAAUUCGGUUGGUUGGUUGGCAUCUCAUAUCGGCAUGUCGCAGCAGUACAAGUGCUUCGUGGUUAGUGGUGGCUGCUAUUGUAACUGUUCUCCGAUCCAAUCGAUAGGCCAAAAUAUCGCUUUCAAUUGUUCGUGAUGAUCGGCGAUUGUGGCACGAGUGAUCAGUGAUAACCAGUAUCUCGGUAUGCACCGAAUUAGUAAUUGUGAUAUUGUAGUGCUAGAAAUGUUUACGUGUUCUUAAGAAGAAAGUUCAACAAAAAAGUGGUUUCAAUUGAAAAUAACAUUACGUGCGUUUAGUUAUUAGUGAAAUUCGGUCAAUUCCUUAGCAAAUAGUCGAAAAAAUGGCAAAAAUUGCAGCUGGAGAUGCUUUGGCCCCGGUGGAAGGUUUUGGGGAAGCACCUCGAAGUCGGCUAUCGAGUGGUGCCAGCUCUCGGUUACGAGCCGAGCAAAAUGAUAGUGAUGACGGUGGAAUCAAGUUGAAAAAGGAGCUGGGGUUAAUGGAUGGCGUUGCCAUCAUCGUGGGUGUGAUCGUAGGAGCAGGUAUUUUUGUAUCCCCUAAAGGAGUGCUGCUCUAUUCGGGUUCCAUCGGACAGGCGAUCAUCGUAUGGAUUCUAUCGGGAGUUCUCAGCAUGGUGGGAGCGCUCUGCUAUGCAGAAUUAGGUACCAUGAUACCCAAAUCAGGCGGUGAUUAUGCGUACAUCGGCGAGGCGUUCGGCCCACUGCCAGCGUUCCUGUAUCUGUGGGUAGCGCUGUUGAUCCUGGUCCCGGCCGGCAACGCCAUCACUGCCAUUACGUUUGCCCAGUACCUGCUGCAGCCUCUGUGGCCAACGUGCGAGCCACCGUACGAGUCGGUCCGAUUGCUUGCUGCUCUCAUCACCUGUCUUCUUACGGCCAUCAACUGCUACAACGUGAAAUGGGUGACCCGGGUGACGGAAACGUUCACUGGAAUGAAGGUUGGAGCACUGUUGGUGAUCGUUGCUGCCGGUGCAUGGUAUCUGUUCAGUGGGAACACUGAACUGCUGGAGAAUCCCUUUGAGAACUCGAAGAUUCAACCGGGAUUCAUUGCGCUUGCUUUCUACAAUGGGCUGUUUUCGUACUCUGGGUGGAACUAUUUAAAUUUUGUAACGGAAGAACUGAAAGAUCCUUACCGAAACCUACCUCGUGCAAUCUGUAUCAGUAUGCCAGCUGUAACAAUCAUCUAUGUGAUCACCAAUGUUGCAUACUUCGCAGUUCUUCCUCCAGAUGAGAUGCUUUCGUCCCAGGCAGUCGCGGUCACGUUUGCGGACAAAAUGCUUGGAUUCAUGGCGUGGGUAAUGCCACUGUUCGUUGCUUGUUCGACGUUUGGCUCACUUAACGGUGCAAUCUUCGCCUCAUCUCGAUUGUUCUUUGUGGGGGCUCGCAACGGACAUCUGCCGGCGGCGAUUUCGCUCAUCAAUGUCAACUGUCUUACCCCGAUUCCUUCGUUGAUAUUCUUGUGUCUACUUACUUUGCUGUUACUAUUCAUUCGGGAUGUCUUCUCGAUAAUCAACUACGUAAGCUACGUUGAAAUUCUAUUCAUUUUCAUUUCCGUAGCUGGACUAUUAAGGCUUCGAAAGAAACUUCCAGAGGCCAAGCGACCCAUCAAGGUUUCAUUGAUCAUACCCAUUAUCUUCCUCCUCACGGCCGGGUUUUUGGUUAUUUUCUCCGUAUUCGAAUCUCCAACGGAAGUUGCCAUCGGAUCGGUAAUAAUCGUACUGGGCAUCCCGGUUUACUACAUUACUAUUCACAAACCCUUGGAAUGGCUGGCCCAAACAUCGCAACGCAUCAACACUGUUUGUGCGAAACUUUUCCUCUGUAUGCCCAACACAGAAAAGAAUGACUAAAUCGAGAGGAGACCCGAUGCACCUUAACUGCGCUGUAAAUAGACUGCUCGUUACGAGUCAAGGCUCGUGAUUUAAUGGGACGCACAUUUGAGCUACAUCAAUUAUUAUCAGUAAGCAUAAAAAUCCACCGCACGACAAUAGUUAACGAAAUAAUAGGUCAAUAGUGCCUUGAAGGUACGAUUCGCUCUACAUAUCGAAUGUAAGGUGUAAAUAAGCCCAAUAACUUUUUACAAAAAUCAAUUCACGUUAAGCCUUAAGCCUAGAAUCUCUUACUCUCUACAUACUAAAGGUACUAUUCGACUUCAUGGCUCAAAUCUGCACACAGUGUAUGUUCUAAAUAGUGUAAUCGACGUUUUCCUAAACCCUCAACGGGGCCUGUACAGUAUAAGAUAGGAUUCAGCAGAUCCUUAUUGUGCUCUUUCCAAUUGUACAAAUGGUUUCACGAAGAUUUCUGAACAAUAAUAAUAAUAAUAAUAAAUAUAAUUCGUGAUCAGCCCGAAUCAACUAAAAAAUGACAAAUAAGAAUUGAAGACUGUUUCAAUGAAGGUCACACUUGUUGUAAGUUUUGUAUCGUUCUCUUACAUUCUUAUCAUUAAUCAGCCUACAUGUAUUAUGUAACUGUUAGGGAAAGUUUUGAUAUACAUUGCUUUUACACAUUACAAAUAUAUGUAACUAAAGGUUAGGAAACAAA